AUGGCAGAGGCUUCUCGGUGGCGCGAAGGCGGGACUCCGAAACAUAAGCUGAAAUACAGGAGGGAAGUAGAAAUUAGAACCACACUUCAGGAGUUGUUAGUCUACUUUAUUUUUUUAAUAAACCUAUGUAUAUUGACUUUUGGAAUGGUAAACCCACAUAUGUAUUACUUAAACAAAGUUAUGUCAUCUCUAUUUUUGGACACUUCUGUGCCUGGUGAUGAAAGAACCAACUUUAAGUCUGUUCGCAGCAUAACUGAUUUUUGGAAGUUUAUGGAAGGACCCCUUUUGGAAGGUCUAUACUGGGACUCAUGGUAUAAUAACAAACAGCCGUAUAAUUUAAAGAACAGCAGUCGCAUCUACUACGAGAACAUACUUCUAGGAGUCCCAAGAGUCCGUCAACUAAAAGUCCGCAACAACACAUGCAAAGUCUAUUCAUCUUUUCAGUCUUUGAUGAGUGAAUGUUACGACAAAUAUACUUAUGAAAAUGAAGACCUGUCUGAUUUUGGCCUUAAACAUGAUACUGAAUGGAAGUACUCUACUUCUAAUUCCAACUCCCCUUGGCACUGGGGAUUCGUUGGCAUGUAUGGAAAUGGGGGAUAUAUUUUUACGUUAUCAAAAUCAAAAUAUAAAACCAAAGACAAGUUCAUUGACCUUCGACUGAACAGCUGGAUCACAAGAGGGACCAGAGUUAUUUUUAUUGAUUUUUCAUUAUACAAUGCUAAUGUAAAUCUGUUUUGUAUCAUCAGAUUGGUGGCAGAAUUCCCUGCAACUGGAGGAAUACUUACUUCAUGGCAAUUUUACUCUGUGAAGCUCCUCAGAUAUGUUAGCUACUAUGAUUAUUUUAUUGCUUCCUGUGAGAUCACAUUUUGUAUUUUUCUCAUUGUCUUCACAACACAAGAAGUAAAAAAAAUGAAAGAAUUUAAGUCUGCCUAUUUCAAAAGUAUUUGGAACUGGAUAGAAUUACUACUUUUGGUGUUAUGUUUUAUGGCCAUUUCCUUCAACACAUACUGUAAUAUACAAAUUUUUCUCUCACUUGGACAGCUUUUGGAAAAUACUGAAAAAUAUUCAGACUUCUAUUCUCUUGCAUACUGGCACAUUUAUUACAAUAAUAUAAUUGCUAUUACCAUCUUCUUUGCAUGGAUAAAGAUAUUCAAAUUCAUAAGCUUUAAUAAGACAAUGUCUCAGCUAUCGUCAACCUUGUCCCGCUGUAUCAAGGACAUAGUAGGAUUUGCCAUCAUGUUUUUUAUAAUAUUCUUUGCUUAUGCCCAGUUAGGAUUUCUUGUUUUUGGAUCACAGGUUGAUGACUUUUCCACUUUUCAAAAUUCCAUAUUUGCACAGUUUCGAAUUGUUCUUGGAGAUUUUAAUUUUGCUGGUAUUCAGCAAGCCAAUCGGAUCUUGGGACCUAUUUAUUUCAUCACUUUCAUCUUUUUUGUGUUCUUUGUCCUGUUGAACAUGUUCUUGGCAAUAAUUAAUGAUACCUAUUCUGAAGUGAAGGCUGACUAUUCAAUAGCCAGAAGGCCAGAUUUUGAACUUGGUAAAAUGAUUAAAAAGAGUUACAAAAAUGCUCUUGAGAAACUUAAACUGAAGAAAGACCAAAAGGAUGAAGACAGGGAAAUGAAAAGAAGCAGAGAUUUGGUUGAACAAGCCAGAAGAGAAGGCUUUGAUGAAAAUGAGACUGAAAGUGCAAAGCAGAUGAAAAAAUGGAAAGAGAGACUUGAGAAAAAGUAUUAUUCUACAGAAACUGAAGAUGACUACCAGCCUGUCACUCAACAAGAAUUUCGAGAACUCUUUUUAUAUGCCGUGGAACUGGAGAAGGAAUUACACUAUGUCAGUUUAAAACUAAACCAAGUGAUGAGAAAGUUUUCAGCUCUACAAAACUGAGACAAGGUGAGAAUCUGUAAUGCAAUCAUUGAACAUUUCUAAAAAGAUAUUUUCAUGUAUUGAAUUAUUUCUUAAAUUCAUCCUCAUUUUAGGUACACUUUAAGACACCAUCCUCAGGGACAAUGAUAUUCACCAAACGAUUUCCAGGAAUUAAGCACCCCUGAGUGGGACCCACUAUACAAUCCAUGCAUAUGACAACAUACUUCCAGAGUAUGCACACAAUGACACACACAGAAUUCUAUAAUGAGAUUAUUAAAUUCUGGGAAUGUGAAGGGAAAGUACAAAAUAAUGCUGCUUAUAGUUCAUAGGACAGCUUUCUUUCUAAUUGUUCAGUAAGUAGAGACAGAAAACCAGUUUCCUCAUAGUUACACAGGAUAUAAAAGAUCUGCUAGUGCUCUCAAAUGUGUCGUGUUCUGGCUUCCUUUGGCCAUAGAUAAAUUAGUAAAUGCUUAAGAUUCUGGAAAACCAAUACAUACAACCUCAAAUAAUCUCAUCCCUCCAAUCCUCAUAAUUCAAAGUCUCCCGGAAAAAGAGAGUGUAGAACAAACUCCCCAACCACCAACAGAAGCUUAGCUAAUAUCUUCAAACUGGAAAUUCAUCUAUACAGUUUCUAUAGCAGUGCAUUUAAAAUUUCCCAAGUAUGCUUCCUCAACUACUUUAAAAGCAAAAUAUACUUAAAAAAACAAAAGAUCAGGUGUAUCAGUGCAUAAGAAGUCAAGUUAUGUUUGAAAAGUGUAAAUGCGGUUGCUGUAAGCAUCCUGCUUGGCUAGUUGGAAAGUUGUUUUUUGAAACUGGAAGGAAACUUCUCCUGUUUCUAGGCUACAUAUCCCUCUAAGAAUAGCCAUGUAUUCUCUUAGCCCAAGCAACAUUACUUGACCAUAGCCCUCAACUUCCACAUUAAUGCUUAAUAGUACCUGGAUUUUAAAACUCAAGAGGAAUUUUUUAGUCACCACCACCCUCAACAGGCCAAGCUCCUGUCUUAAGGACUGUGCAUCAAGUUUUCUUAAUAGGAUAAUUCACUGCAACAAGAAAUGCAGACUGUGCUCUAAAUCUUCUCCCUAGAUAGCCACAAGGAAAUAAACAAGGU